AUGUAUCAGUUUCAUAAGGUGUCUCCUCUGUGGUCUUGUCUCCCCUCCAACAGCCUCCACCUCACCACCUUCUGCCUGCAGCACAAGCCCACGGUCAUCGCCUGCGUCUGCAUCCACCUGGCCUGUAAAUGGUCCAACUGGGAGAUCCCUGUCUCUACUGAUGGGAAACACUGGUGGGAGUAUCUGGACCGCACCGUCACACUCACACUGCUGGACGAGCUGACCAAUGAAUUCCUGCAGAUUCUGGAAAAGACGCCCAGCAGGCUGAAAAGGAUACGCAACUGGAGGGUAGGUUCUGCUCUCACAACUGGUGCCACGCAAGCUGCCAAGAAGCCGAAGAUGGACAGCCAGUCGGGCGACACCAUCUUCCAAGGGACCUCCUCAUUGGACAGCAUCACCGGUGUGUCCGGCAGCAACUCGUUCUUCCCUUCGUCUCUGUCAGACUCUGGGGAGAUGCCUUCACUAGACGACAUGUCUGUCCCGUUCCCUCCCUACCAGGCCCUGGCUGGUGACCAGGCUGAGCUGCUGGGUCUGGACCAGGGCCUUUCGUUUCUUCCUCAAGCCGUCCCUUCAAAGUACCCAUCAGGCAAACACGAACACAAAACGUGCAGUGCAGGCAAGCAUCCACAGGCACUGCCCAGUAACCCCUCGCCCUUCACCCGCCCCCCACAGAAACUGUCCCUGGACAAGUACAGAGAGAAACAGGCAGCAGAUCUGCAGGCCAUGCAGAACGGUGUCAGAGAGGAGCAGAGCGGUGUGGACAUGUACCAGUCCCCCGCCCUCUCUCACCCGCAGUCCCAUAAAAGACGCUCCCAGCCUGGGCAGGGUGUCCCCCAGCACGGGGACAGUAGGAGGGACAAGGCCAGCUCUAAAAAGAUACGCAGUCUCCCACCACAGGCCUUGGCUGUUGAGAACGGCGUUGCGGCCAGCAACGAGGAGCUGAAGAUGAGAAUCAAAGUCUCGGCUGAGCGGGACCAAGGCGGCCAUGUUGGUGUCCCACAAGGCAAAGAGAAGUACAAAGACCACUCUGGCCCCAGCAGACACCCCAAGCACGGCCACUCGCACCCCUAUGCCCUCAGCGGGAAUGGCCGAGGGGCCAUAGACCCCGCCCUGGCCCUCAGAGUCCUCGGGGGCCAUGGUAGCGACCUGGGGGGCUCCAGUUCCUCCUCCAGGAAACGGGCCAACCCCGACGUCAGUAGUCACAACAACCACCACCACUCUGCUAAGAGCAGCAGGAGUUCCAAAGGCGCCGGAGGCUCCUCCCACUACUCUUCGGACAGCAGUGGCGGCCCGAGGACGGUGGAGAGACACCACGGUGGCCCGGAGGGGUCAAACGGAGUGCUGGGUUCUAACGGCCAACACACCGACUACAAAGACACUUUUGACAUGCUGGACUCUCUGCUAAGUGCCCAAGGAAUGAACCUGUAAAUCCAGACAGAGUUCAUCGUUUAGCAUGGGUGCAGGCUGUUUGGCUCUCUUGCCAACUCCUUCUAAACAUGUUUGGCUUGACAUUUGAGUUGGCAAGAUUGGACAAACAGCUCUGGAUGCCAGGCUAGGAGGAGUUGUUGGAUGGAGAGGAGAAAACAAUUCUGAAAAAGAUAUAUAGGUUUUUAUGAUUUAAAAAAAUGAUUUUAUAACCUUUAAGUUAUCUGAAAGUAACUUCAUCACCCAGUCAGUCCUGUCCACACACGGUAAUAAUUAUUGAUGCUUUAAGGCUCUUCAGAAAUGUCCACAACAUGAUAUAUACACAGUGUUGUAAUGCUACCUGUCUGCUUGCUAAAAACCCCUGUGAGCCACGUUCACUGGUUCUGUGAUUGACAAAAUUCCAGAUUUGAAUUCUGUUCUUUUAAGGAGAUAAAGAAGGUUGGUGUUAUUAAUGAUGUGCAUGUUUCAAUCACAUAAGGGAAGAUAGCAGCCUGGUGGCGGUUUACAGAGUGUCAACGUAAAUGCGCGUACGUUUUUGUAUGUUAAGAAACAACCUUAUUCCUUGAAAUACUCAGGUCUUUAAACUUUUUUGAUAUAAAGAACGAAAGAAAUCUUCCUCUCUUGGUGUAAUACCUGUAUCUGUAGAGAUGUAUAACUUUGUUGGUUGAAGGCUGCAGAAGUACAGCGUCUAUCUUACCGUGGAGGCUGUUUGUCUGCUUGUCUUCUAAGGGGAGGGCACAAAUUGUAUAUGAUUGGCAAUCCAACUAAUCACACAUGGGUAGUCCGAGGACAUACGUAGGCCCUUACCCAAAUCAACCCCUCAUAGACCCUAUGGCUGUGUCCAAAAUGGCUCCCUAUGUAUCGCACUACUAUUGACCAGGGCCCACAAAGUUCCCAGCUGGGGAAAACACUAGGUCCUGGUCAAUAGUAGUGUACUACAUAGGGAAUAGGGUGCCGUUUGAGAUUCACACCUCUUAUGCGCUGGUGGGAUCUCGAGUGCUUAGGGUCUAGGGGUUGAUUAGGGACUAGGCCAUUUUCUGUCUUGUGGAUGCCAAAGGCUGUGCCUCCUAAAAUGUAUGGCAGAUUAUUCUAGAGCUAUAAAUGAAGUUUGUUAUAUCUGCUGUGAAGUGCAUUUAAAAAGAUAUCUCGGCGUAUUUACAAAAAGCCUUGUGAUUGUAACAAGUCAUCAACAAGUCGCUAUUCUUCAAUAUUGAUAAAUGUCUAAUUAACCAAUCGCCAUUCUAUGAAAAGAUCUCUAGAUAAGAUUGUAUAUAGGACUGCAGUUAUGAGUUACAACUAACUAGUCAGUUGACUUGUUACUCCCUCAGACCACAUUCUAUUCUGCCAUAACUGUGUAUUAGGGGGUCCUAAAGCAGACACUCUAUUGAACAAAUCCUUAAUGUGUGUACUGGGAACCCAAAUAAACGUGUAAAACUGUCGUUUUUACACACAAACACAA